UUGGUGUUGGUUUUGAUAGGAGUUUUGUUGAAAGUAGGUGUUAGUCAUGAUUAUGGGGAUGCUUUAACCAAGAGUAUAUUAUUCUUUGAAGGCCAAAGGUCAGGGAAAUUGCCACCUUCUCAACGUAUGACUUGGCGUAAGGAUUCCGCUCUUCGUGAUGGCAUCCAAAUUGGCGUUGAUUUAGUAGGAGGAUAUUACGAUGCUGGUGACAAUGUAAAAUUCAACUUCCCUAUGGCAUUCACAACAACCAUGCUCGCUUGGAGCGUAGCGGAUUUUGGACCCUUUUUUGGUUCCGAACUCCAACACGCUCACGAUGCCAUCCAAUGGGCGACGGACUACUUCUUGAAGUGCACUAGUGUUCCUGGGUUCGUGUUCGUGCAAGUCGGAGAUGGCUUCGGAGAUCACAAUUGUUGGGAGAGACCCGAAGAUAUGGACACACCGCGAACACCCUUCGCGGUUAGUAGAACAAAUCCAGGGUCUGAAGUUUCAGCUGAGAUUGCUGCUGCAUUGGCUGCUUCUUCUAUUGUGUUAAGGUCUUCUAAUCGUACUUAUGCCGCACGUCUUCUCAGCCGGGCUAAAACGGUAUUCAAUUUUGCAGAUUCAUACCAAGGCAAUUACAAUGAAAGUCUUGGACCUUGGGUUUGUUCAUUUUACUGUGAUUUUAGUGGUUAUCAGGAUGAAUUGAUCUGGGCAGCGGCAUGGAUAUACAGGGCAUCAAAAUUGUCUUUUUACUCGGAUUAUGUUCUGAAGAAUAUGUACAAAUUAGAUCCACCUUAUAAUGGAGGUAGUUUUGCAGAAUUUGGAUGGGAUACCAAGCAUGCUGGCAUCAACGUACUUGUUUCCAAGGCAAGUCUUAGUGUGUUCUUGGAUAGUAUUCCCUCUCCUAAUCCAUUCGUUGUUAAUGCUGACAAAUUUGUAUGCUCUGUGUUGCCUGAAUCUCCUACCAAAUCAGUCUCGUAUAGCCCAGGUGGACUUUUGUUUAAAGAAGGUGGAAGUAACUUACAACACUCGACAGCUCUAUCAUUUCUAUUUUUGGUUUAUGCUCGUUAUACAAGUAGUAUUAAAAACACAAUUCGUUGUGGAAAUGUCAUUGUCAAGCCUACCAAACUUGCCGAUUUCGCAAAGCGCCAAGUAGACUAUAUACUCGGUGAUAAUCCAUUAAAAAUGUCAUACAUGGUAGGAUAUGGCCAAAAAUAUCCUCAAAGGAUACAUCAUAGAGGUUCAUCUUUGCCUUCCAUUAAUGUGUAUCAAAAAAAGCUUGAAUGUCAAGCGGGAACUUCCUACUUCUUUAGCAGCAAUCCAAACCCUAAUGUCUUAGUUGGUGCAGUUGUUGGUGGACCAGAUAUUCAUGACAAAUAUGCUGAUUCUCGAGCUGAUUUUCCUCAUUCUGAACCAGCUACAUAUAUUAAUGCACCUCUUGUUGGCCUUUUAGCUUUUUUUAAAGCACACUAA